UAUAGGUUGAACUAGCUUGUACCGGCCGCUAGUUUGAAGAUUUAACCGUCGGCGGACCGAAUUAGUUUGUCGGGAGCCGUGCAAUAAUCGUUGACGACGGCGAUCAGGGCAUGAGUUUUUGGAAGGACGUGAUCGAUUCCCUGUCUUCAGUCUUCUCGCCCGAGAAUUCAACUUCUCCCCAGCAAAGACGUAGCCCCGGGAGCAUGGAGGGCGUUGCUGGGGCUCGGAUUUCCAACGAACUUUGCGCCUAUAAGUUGAAAGGAUACUGUGAUCUAGCAACCAAAGAGAUCGAUAAGGCCGUGAGCAACGAAGAAGAGGGCUUGGUCGAUGACGCCAUCGUCCAUUACAAGAAUGCCCAGCGUAUACUAAUGGAAGCGAGUUCCAUUUCUGCCCCUUCUUAUAUCAGCUCCAGUGAAAAACAGAAGGUCACAUCUUACCGUCAGAAGAUCUCCAAGUGGCAGGGCGAAGUUUCUGAGAGACUGCACGCUUUAAAUCCAAGCACAGGUCUGUUGUCCUUCUUGUGUAAUUGUUUGUCAUCAACAUCAACUUCAAGAUCUCACCAAAAGGAAAAACCAUUGACUUCUAGACAAGAUUUGCCAAGGAGGCCAACAAGGAACGGUUCAGCACUUGGUAAUCAGAGCACGAGAGCUAGCUAUGUAAAACCGCCUGGAGAAUCCUCAAAUAGUUAUGAAGCCAAAUUGGUUGAAAUGAUAAAUACAGCUAUAGUGGAUAGGAGUCCUUCUGUUAAAUGGGAAGAUGUUGCUGGUCUCGAGAAGGCGAAGCAAGCCUUAUUGGAAAUGGUUAUUUUGCCAACUAAAAGGAGAGAUCUGUUCACUGGACUUAGAAGACCAGCCAGAGGCCUACUUCUCUUUGGACCACCUGGAAAUGGUAAAACAAUGCUUGCCAAGGCAGUUGCCUCAGAAUCACAGGCUACUUUUUUUAAUGUUUCAGCAUCUUCUUUGACAUCAAAAUGGGUGGGAGAGGCUGAAAAGCUUGUUCGCACUCUGUUUACAGUUGCUGUAUCAAGACAGCCCUCUGUAAUCUUCAUGGAUGAAAUAGAUAGUGUGAUGUCAACUAGGAAGGCUGAUGAGAAUGAUGCUAGCAGAAGGUUGAAAUCUGAAUUUCUGAUACAGUUUGAUGGCGUGACGUCUAAUUCCAAUGAUCUAGUAAUUGUAAUUGGAGCGACGAAUAAACCUCAAGAAUUGGACGACGCAGUUCUUAGGAGGCUGGUUAAGAGAAUAUACAUUCCACUACCUGAUGAAAAAGUUAGGAGGCUCCUUUUGAAGCAUAAACUCAAAGGACAGGCUUUUUCCUUACCUGGCGGCGACCUUGAUAAGCUUGUUAGAGAGACAGAAGGGUACUCUGGAAGUGAUCUACAAGCACUGUGUGAAGAAGCCGCAAUGAUGCCAAUUAGAGAGCUUGGUGCCAGUAUUCUCAACGUCAAGGCCAACCAGGUGAGACCCCUAAGAUACAAUGACUUCCAGAAGGCAAUGACAGUGAUCAGACCUAGCUUAAGCAAAAGCAAGUGGCAAGAACUUGAGCGGUGGAACGAAGAGUUCGGCUCAAAUUGACGUUUCCACUGUAGUAGUAUGGUAAAGUUAUUUAUAGACGAAUUAAUUUCCUGUUCAAUUUGUCUUGGGCGAAGCCAAAUGCAUAGUAGUAGCAAUAUGUAUAAUCAUGUACAUGUUACACAGUAUGUAUAUCGCUUCGGGUAUUCUAAACUUUAAGUGAUCUUAUUCAUGUAUCUUUCACUAAUGUGAGUCGAGUGUCAAGAGCACAGCCCGCUUGCUCCAGAAAGAUCGAUUAUUAACAGUUUAUAAAUUUGUCAGUGAGGACUUCCAGCGAGCCACAUACAGAUGUUUGUAGCUGUAAUCUCCGAAGUUCUGCUGUAAAGAACUCCAGCAGCUGUAUGUCUUGUACAUUAUCGAUACGUUUCAAAGUAACUGAAGUAGCUAAGCACUACUCUGCCUUCUGCAC